UUGACAUGGACGUUCCUGUGGCGGGCGUCGUUUUCAACACACGGAAUUAUAGAAACACUACGUAUCAGUCGUCGGCUUCAUCAAUCGGUAUAUCAUGGCAUGGAUUUCAGGAUGCGUUUUCGGGGAUACAAAAUUAUUAUGCAGCUAUAUCGCAUAUGCCGUAUGCAAACCAAAGCAAGAACACCACGAACACUGGCCUCAGAACAAAUUAUGUGUUUCAAAAUUUAGCAUUAGAAAACGGGAAAACCUACUACGGUCUUGUUAAAGCUGUUGACAAAGUUGGACAUGUUAGUACAGUAGCUGUUUCGAAAGGUAUAACAAUUGAUACCACUCCGCCUGUUGGAUGCAGAUGUGAGAAGUAUUCGGAUAUUGGACAGAUAUCUAAAGUCACGGGUGGAAAUGACAAAACAGCAAUUAAUCUGCAGUAUACUUCUUCUUUGCAACAGUUAUAUAAGAUAAUUGGAAAUUUGCUUUCCAUUGAUUACUAUCAAAUAAAAAUUAAAAUCAGUGUAGGCCGAAUGCACAUGUAUCUUCCUUCUGUAAAAGAUCACAAUCAGGGUUACAAUUUUGAACAUAGCUUCUUCGCUCAAAAUGCCGGACUUCAGAACAUAUCAUUAAAAUUAGAAAAUGAUGAUCAAAGAAAUAUAACGGUGAACAUGACAUUGUUUGAGUGCAGUCAGAUUAUCGAAGACAGCAACGAAGCUAUACAACUGACACAGAUUUCCCAUUCCGUGAUAGCGGUACACUUGCUUGUAAAGGAUGAAGACAGCUUUCUGCGCAAGAUUGAGUUAGGUGCUGGAACAACUGUCGAUGGAUUUCAGAUCAAACCGCUGUCAAAUUACUUUCACUUAAAUAACAAACACUUGAUUUAUACAAACGCUCCUCAUGGAACCCAAGUGUUUGUCACCGCAAUAGCAGAGAACAAGGCAGGACUCAGAUCGUUGUUUCACUCGGGUCCUAUUACUAUUGACCAUACUUCCCCUGUCGUCAACAAUCUGGUUGGCCGUCUUCAGAAUGUACAAGUUAAUAUAUCCGGCCUCCUUGGAAUACAUACAAUUGUGCAGGCUACAUGGGAUGUUGCUGACAAAGAAAGUGGAAUUAAACAAUGCUAUUGUUCUAUAGGCAAUAAACCAGGGUUGUUUGAUAUUCAUUCAGUCUGGAUCUCACAGUCGCUGACAUCUUGUGAAUCGAACGAAAUUCAGAUUUCUCAUGGACAGCACCUAUAUCUUAAUCUAAAAUGUGUAAAUAACAUAGAACUGUCAACAAUGAUAUUUACGGAGCCUCUAGUAGCCUCAAUCGAGAAACCAGACACAUAUUCUGCAGUAUUGGCGUUUGUGCCACAAAAUGAAGAGUCUUCAGAAUAUAUGUCUCGAGUUGGAUCACAUUUUCCCAUACAAUCAAAUCAUACAUGUCUAGAGUUGAAAUGGGUUGGCUUUGAAGACCUCUCUGGCAUUGAUUAUUACGAGUAUCGUCUUACUCAAAGUGGACAUGCGAUUUUUACUUACUGGACUAAAACUUACAGAAAUUUUGUACAAGUCGCUGACGUUGAUAUGGAGAGUGGAGAAAUCAAUGCAGAAGUCAGAGCUAUUAAUGCUGGCUCUUUUAUCAGUGAAUCUGUGAAUGCUUCACUUUUGGUCGUAAGACACGCACCCAGAUUAACAGGACUCACAGCAACGAUAACAAGAAGAGGCAAUUCGUUUAACGUAAACUGGGCCGGCGUUUUCAAAACCAUUGAAGGCGUCCCGUUGUCGUACAGUCUGAUAAUAGGUUCGAGAAGAGGAUACACAGAUAUACUGGAUAUGAAUUAUAUUACUAGUACGAAAUAUGAUAUAUUCAUACCUGAUUCAACGAUAAUUACACCAAACCUGAAAGAAGUCUUUUUCCGGAUCGUGUGUAUCUACGCGACUGGACUGCGCACAAUUUAUGAUACUACUUACAAUAUGUAAUUCAUAUGAAACAUUUCAAUAUAUCAUAUUACGAAAUUAGUGAAAAGAAAAUAUGCACUUUUAUUGUUACUGUUAUAUACUUUGGAAUCAUUUAACUGUGUACAUAUCCUUUUUUUCUUAUAGUUUUAUCUUUUAAUUUCAUGUACAUACAUGUAUCUUUCAAUAUCAUUGUGUAUCCAGAAUUGUAUUGGAAACAAUGGACAUACGUGAUGGCGCGAGCGUCUGUCUGUCUGUCUGUCUGUCAUAUUUCCCGAAGCAUACCAUACCAUUUCAGGUAUUGUUUUUAAAAUUGGCAUAUAGGUAGGUGGCAAUACGACAAUGUCCAGAGUGCACAAACCAGGUCGGUAGAUUAAAGCUUAAGGUCAGAAGUGAAGCUCAAAGGUGAUAGUGUUCCGUCAUAUUUCGUGUCCGCAUUAUGAUUUAGUAUAAUGUAUUUACUUCAAUUCUGGCAUAUAGUUAGGUAGCGAUGAGGCGAUGCUCAACCACAUGAUUGCAUGAACCAGGUCGGUAGAUCAAAGGUCAAGGCCACAACAAGAUCAAAUCUGUAAGUCAUAGUUUGUACCAUGAGCAUAACUUAAUAACUAUUCAAGGUAUUGACAUCAAACUUGGCAUAUAGAUGGCGAUGUGAUAAUAUUCUGAGCGCAUAAGUUUGCUCGAUAGGUCAAAGGUCAAGGUCAUAAAAUGAGGUUCAAAUGUCAAAUUUGUCCUUUUAGUCCGGCGCACAACUUAAAAACACUUUUCAAGGUGUUUGCUUUUUAACUUGCAAUAUACAUUAGGUGGGUGGUGAUGAGACGAUUUGACAAUUGCAACAAUGCACAUGUCUUCCCCACUCUCACGCACACAUAAGCCCCAACCCCAUAUAAAACUACUUUCAGUUUCUUGUACCUUAAUAUUCCAUUAUCGUAACCGCAUAAAACUACCAAAUCCUAACCUACCGUUUCAUACCCCCUCAAAUUCUACUUCCUUCUCCUCUGAUAUAGAACUUCGGCCGUAUAUUGUCCAGUUUUGCUGAGAUCUUGUAUUUUGAAUGUCAGUUUGUCGUUUCAUAAGGUAUACUUUCUUUUCUACUAAACACAAAAUAAUGAUAUUCUGUAUAACUAAUUUUCAACACAAUAUACAUUUAAACACUGCAUUUGUAUUUUCCGAAGAAGACAAUAAAAUCACAAUGUUUUACGUUAUCAGUACAUUUUUGUAGAGUUAUAAUUACAGUUAUUAAACAAUUUAGUUUGAAUUUUAUAUUACAAUUGUUGAGAAACUGAAAUUUUGGCCAACAAUGUUCCUACUUAUCAUCAUAUAAAGUUUGAAAAUAAAAAUAUGCGAACAAAUGCACCGGAGUCUGUGCAUGCAUGUAUAAAGGUGCAUUUGCACAGAACAGUUUGACAUAUAGUUACAAUUAGAAUGUUUUCAUAUUUUUUCAAUAUCCUUUUUAUUUAUAUUGACAGCAUUUAAUGCAAAAUACGUGGACGACAGAAUGUUGAAAAAAAGCCACGUUGCAUGUUCUUUCUGAUUUCUUUGUUGUAUGUAUGGAAAAUAAGUCUUUAAUAUUCUGUUUCUUUGCUAUAGGAAUUGAAAUUACUUAUUGCUCUCGGACAGCUUCUUUGCUGUAGAGAUUGAACUUAGAUCUUUCUCCGCUAUUUUGAUGUAGGGACAUAAAAAGGUAAUUGCUUUUAGCCUGCUGUUUUGCCUCUUCAGAACUUUAGAUGGAUGAGUAACACAUAGAUGAAUGUUUGAUUUUCCCAAAAUUAAAAUAAAGCGAUA